ACACGGAAUCUGUACAGCCUCAGCCCAGAGCCUGCUGCACUCUGACGAUUGGCCCUGCCUGCCUCCGUCCCUUGUCGCCUGCAGGGUGGUCGGCCCUCCUUGAUGGCCAAGGUGCACCAGCAGCGGCGCGAGCUGCUACAGCGGGCCUGCAGCCGCCACACACGACGCCAGCGCCUGCUGCAGCCGGAGGACCUGCGGCACGUGCUGGUGGACGACGCACACGGGCUGCUGUACUGCUACGUGCCCAAGGUGGCCUGCACCAACUGGAAGCGCGUGCUGCUGGCGCUGCGCGGCCGUGGGGACCCGGGCUCGAUCCCCGCGCACGAGGCGCAUGCGCCUGGCCUGCUGCCCUCGCUGGCCGACUUUGCGCCGGCCGAGGUCAACCGGAGGCUGCGGGACUACCUGGCCUUUCUCUUCGUGCGCGAGCCCUUCGAGCGCCUGGCCUCGGCCUACCGCAACAAGCUGGCGCGGCCACACAGCGCAGCCUUCCAGCGGCGCUACGGCACGCGCAUCGUGCGCCGCCUCCGCCCGCACGCGCAGCCCGACGCGCUGGCCCGCGGCCACGACGUGCGCUUCGCCGAGUUCCUGGCCUACCUGCUCGACCCGCGCACGCGCCGCCACGAGCCCUUCAAUGAACACUGGGAGCGCGCGCACGCGCUGUGCCACCCGUGCCUAGUGCGCUAUGACGUGGUGGGCAAGUUCGAGACGCUGGCGGAUGACGCGGCCUUUGUGCUGGACCUGGUGGGCGAGCCGGGCCUGCGCUUCCCGGCUCCACCGCGGAGGUCAGAGAAGGACCCCACGCGUGACCAGGCCCGGCGCCUCUUCCAGGACAUCAGCCCCUUCUACCAGCGCCGCCUCUUUGACCUCUAUAAGAUGGACUUUCUGCUCUUCAACUACUCCGCCCCCUCCUACCUGCGGCUGCAGUAGGGGCGGGGGGCGGGGGUGUUGAGAAGGACCUGUGACUGCUGUGACCAAGAGGCCGCCAGGAGGUCUGGAAUGAACCUGGUAGUGUGGAUUGGAGAACCCUUGGCAUACCUUGCUUAUUGGGCCUGACCAAGAUCCUGGGCACAGGCCACACUCACACCGACUGGGUUGGGCACAGCUUGCCUCAGGCGACCGUUCUGGCCUUUUGUGCCUUUGGUUUGAUGCAUGUCUCUUCUUCCUGCUGCAGGUGGCAGGCUUCUCUCUAGGA